AUGGCAGAGCCGCCGUGCAAGCGCCCCUGUACCGUGGAUGGCGUCACCGAUUUCGUGAAAGGGCAGCGCGAUUUCAGCCCACAGAUGAAGGACAGUCAAGCCAUUUGCGCAGACUUCACGAGCCAGAACAAGCUGUACACCAAUGGCGUUGUUGCCAAGAACAAUUGGAGACAAAUCCGUGGUCCUCUUACUGGAGAGAUGGUGCGCAUCCCUGAUGUUAAUUCUGGUUACCCAAAGGGCGUUUACCCUACCAAGUGGCAGGACGGUCAGGUCUUGCCGGUCGCGGUGGAAAGCUUCGAUCUUGGGGAUGGCUUCCCAGAUCAGAACGAAUUUGUCAUGAAGUUUGGUGUCAUCAUCCCGUCCACGAACACGACCGUGGAGUACGAUUUCUGGAGAAUGGUUAUGCAAAAUCAUGAAGCUUGCAAGGGCAUCGGGUUUCACAUGUCCGGGAUCCUUAUUGAUAGCCCCAAGCUGGCAACUGAUGACGACAUGCUGCAUUUCCUGCAGCUGUUCCGCAAGCAGAUAUUCACAACUGCCGAUCGGUUGAUGACAUCGGAGCCGCAGUACAUCAUCAUGGGUAUGUCGUUGGAGACCUUCUUUGGUGGCUGGGAAGGCAACAAGGAGUUCAAAAGAGAACUGGGCGAGCGGACGGGUCUGAACAUAGCCACUGGCGCUGAGGCUUGCAAGGCAUCUCUCGAAAAGUUCGGAGCCAAACGCAUCACUGUCAUCACGCCCUAUCAGGAAAUAGGUGAUCGCAAUGUGGUGAAGUUUUUUACAGAAAUUGGCUUUGAAGUUGUUCGAAUUGCCGGGUUAAAAUGCGGAUCAGCAACCGACAUUGCUCAUGUGCCUGAGGCAUGGUGUGAGAAAGUUCUUCGAGAAAACCUUCUCCUACCCGACAUAGAUGCAAUUGUACAAUGCGGCACGAACUUGUCGUUCGUCAAUCUGGCAGACAAACUUGAGCGCGAAGUUGGGAUUCCCAUCAUUGCAAUCAAUGUUGCCUGUCUGUGGUUUGCCAUGCGAGAGGUUGGAAUUGACGCGAAGCUUCAGGGCUGCACACGCUUGUUCCGUGAGCAUUGA